CUCAAUACUAUAGUAUACCGACACUUUCUUAUAUACUUUCAUUUCUCAAAGUGGAAAUCAGUUGUCUGACUGAUAAAUGUGGUUGAUAUUAAUAGGAGGUUAAAAUAAAUGGUCCGUUGUCAAGACAACCGCAUCUCUGCUCAUAACGCUCUGCCCGGGAGUGACGUCCCACUCCCAGCAGCCGGAGCCGAGCUGCGGAGUGAGUCUGGGGUGUCUUCGCAAACAGCAACCCGCCUUUCUGACCCGCUUCACGCCUGGCAUGGAAAAAGACCUGUAAACCACAAAGUAUCGAGAUCUGAUGAUGGGCCUAGUGGGAGGAGCCUGGUUAUCAGAGGACCAUCCAGACAACAGGCUUUGAUACUAAAGCCCCACCCACAAGAUAAUUCAGCUUUAAAUUAUAUUCAGGAGUGCUUACAGAGACAACUCCCCUGAGAAGGCCACUCCCACCCGGAUAACAAACCCCACCCACCUCAGAAGACACACCCCUUUACAUAACCACUCCCACAAUCCAGAGGCCCCUUCCAUUCCAUUAAAGAAUCACCUGUCAUAGUUUGCCUUUCUCCGCUUCCUGAUUGCUCUCCUCUCUCUUUCUCCUUACCCUUUUCUCUCCCUAUUCUCCUCUGUCUCUUUCCCCACUUUCUACUAUUUCCUGAUUCACCCAUUUUCCCUCUUGUCGUCCUCUCAUCCUUUUCCCUUGCCCCUCUCCCCCUUUUCUACUUUCUCUCCUCUCCCUCUGCUCUUUCCUACACUGUUUCCCAUCUCUGCCCUUUUCUUUCCCACUCUCCUCCCUCUCACUCAUCUGUCUCAUUUCCCCUCACCAAUCUCCCACUCCCUUUCCUAACCCUCUCUUCUCCAUCCCCUUCAUAUCUCACCUUUCCCCUUCUCCUUUCUCUCCAGUCUCCCUUUCUGUUUUGUACGCCCUUCUCUUAUUUCUCCUCUUUCACCUUUUCUACUGCAUCUCCCACUGCCUCCUCUUUCACCAGCCCCCCUCUCCCUAUUUCUUCUCUCGUUCCUCUCCCUCCUUCUUUGCUCCCACACAUCUUCCAUCUCUCCUCCCUCUUCAUUCCUCACCCCCUCUCCCCUGGUACUAUGCCUUGCUCCUGCCCCUUCACCCUCCCCUCCCCUCCCCGCUCCCUCCACUCCCCCUGCACCCUGGCCUUGCUCGUGGGGUUCCAGUUUGCCUUUGUUGUGUAUUUCUCUCUGGGUGGGUUUCGGGGUCUGGCCUCUGUUCUGAUGCGCUCGGCCGGGGGGGACCCCCAGUUCGAUUACUCACGACCCCACGAUGUCUACACCAACCUGAGCCAGCUGGGGGCGCCGGCGAGCCCAGGGGAAGAACUGGAGAGAGAAAAAGACUGCCCCGAGACAUCACCUUACCUGGUGGGCCCUGUCUCGGUGCUCCUCUCCUCCCCCCUCUCGCUCUCUCAGAUUGCGGAGAGGAACCCCCUGGUAUCUCUGGGGGGGAUGUACCAACCCCCCUCCUGCCAGGCUCUCCACCACACUGCCCUAAUUGUCCCGUACAGGAACCGACCAGCCCACCUCCGCACCCUGCUAUACCACAUCCACCCCUUCCUGCAGAGACAGCAGCUACAUUACCGGGUUUACAUUGUACACCAGGCUGGUAACUCCACGUUUAACCGCGCUAAGCUCCUGAAUGUGGGGGUGCGCGAGGCUCUGCGUGACGAGGAUUGGGGGUGUCUGUUUCUCCACGAUGUUGACCUGCUCCCCGAGAACGAUCGCAAUCGCUACGUGUGCGACCCCCGCAACCCCAAACACGUCUCUGUGGCGAUGGACAAGUUCGGAUACCGGCUGCCGUACCCACAGUAUUUCGGGGGGGUCUCGGCUCUGACUCCUGACCAGUACCUCAAGAUGAAUGGAUUCCCAAACCAGUACUGGGGCUGGGGGGGUGAGGAUGAUGACAUCGCGACCAGGGUUCGUCUCUGCGGUAUGAAGAUCACUCGCCCCCCUAUUUCAGUCGGGCACUACAAGAUGAUCAAACACCGAGCCGACCGGGGCAACGAGCAGAACCCCCACAGGUUUGAUCUCUUGAUGCGCACUCGCCGCUCCUGGCACUCGGACGGUCUGAACUCUCUGACCUAUGACCUCCUGUCUCGAGAGCUGCAGCCGCUCUACACCAACCUGUCUGUGAAUAUUGGAGAGGAGCCGCCCAAACCCAAACAGAACCAGGGCCAGAAACGCAACCAGCCCACACAGAAACCAGAAAAUAACCAGGCCCAACCGCUCCACACAAACCUAUCUGUGAAUAUCGGAGAGGAGCCGCCCCGAUCCAAACCCAAGAACCAGACACUGGGACACAGACUGCACCCGACCACACAGGCAUUGACCCAGCCCCUCUGCACCAACCAGACUGUGAGCAUUGGAGAGAAGCCAGACCAGAACCCAACACACAGCCUGACACAACCUAGAGUUCAGAACCAGGGGGCACCCAUACUGAGACUGGAUCAGAACCAACCCACGCUGAGACAGAACCAAAACCAGGGCCAGGACCAGGGGAGGCCCGCAGGAACAACGCAGACAACAAGCGAGCAACACACAGGCGAUACAAACCACAGAGACAAGACACAGCACAGACACAACAAAGACUAGACACAACACAGACACUACAGAGACUAGACACGACACAGACACUGCAGAGACUAGACACAAUACAGGCACUAGACACAAUACAGGCACUACAGAGACUAGAUACAAAACAGAAACUACAGUGACUAGACACAACGCAGACGGUACACAAAACGAUAGACAGCCUUGUAAAUACACGCAACGCAGGUGACUCACACUACACUAUCACCAGAGACACAGAGUGCUGAAAACACACAGAAAAGAGAAUGAGGCUAUGAGGGAGGGGCUACAGGUAAAGGGGGCGGGGCUGUGCUCCAAGAGGGUGGAGCCAGGAGGAGGAGAGAUCAGGACAUAUCAAGAGGGAUGACAUUGCAGAUCAGUAGUUGUGCAUAAGGAGACGGGUCGCAUUUCGUUUGUAUCCCCCUGUAGGCGCGAGGGGGCGGGGGGCAUCUCCAACUAGAAUUAUGAAAAAAACAAAAGACAUAUUGGAAUUUAUCGCAAUAAACAUGAUGAGAUUUUUGUAAAUGUUGACCUUUUGGGAAACCAAAGGGUACAUGAGAUAUUGAAUUGAGUGAAUCAGAUACCAAUGAUUCCUUAAAGUAGUGAAUCAUUCAAUUCAAUUCAAAACUCGCCAUUCUGAUCGCUCUGCUCCUUCUCCCUGAACUACAGCGUUUCCAUAUCCCAUUUUGAUAAAUCUUAAACUUUCAGCUUUUAACAAAAUACUUGGGUCACCCUUAAAAGAGACUUUGGUGGUUAAUGGAUGUUUUGUUGCCAUUCUCCCGGUCUGUCCGUUCUUCUCCUCUGGUUGGUCUGCCUGCCUGCUGCCAGUCGACCCACUUCAUGCACAGCUGUGUGAUCUGAUGCAGAAUAUUUAUAAAUGCAUCUCGACAAUUCGUGCCGUACCGUUUAAAUGUGUCCAGGUAUGAUGGUAUAAUCUACAAAGUCAGUUUAGAAGUAACCGGGUAUUCCAUGCAAAUAACGUCUUUCUGGCCACUGUGAAGCUGUAGCACACAUCUGGUAUGGAUAACAAAGAACGAUUGAUUAAAAAAAAAAAAAAAAAACAGCACUCUCACCUGCUACUGUUGCAGGUCUUGUGAGGAAGGGUCUGCGUGAUUUAAAGGCAGACUCAUUUAUGCUGUGUCAUGAUGAAAAUGGGCAGUAAUAUUUUACUUUAAAAUGUAAUGAACAAACCAAGAAUUACAAGAAGUGUAACAAAUAUAUAUAAAAGAUAGAUGGAUAUACAGUCAGCACUCAGAUAUACAACACUUUUCUUGCAUGUCAAAUCAGGCUGUUUUUAUUGUGCAGUUAUACAGCGCUUCCUCCAGUUUCACCUGACGAAAAUUCAGCCAAAACAAAGCAAAUGAGACAAGCUACGGUAAUGUAAAACAGUUAAUCUUUAAACAGUUUUAGAUACUGUGAUGUAUUUUUAUUAUUUUUUUUUAAUCUGUGAUCUUUAAUUGCUUUUGUGCAUUUUCAUUUGCAUGUGAACUAUGAUAUUAGGGCCCUAUCGAGCACUAUAUUCUGUAAUUUUGAAUACUGACAUUGGAUAGUGUUUUAAUUCUGGAAACUUUUUUUUUUAUCUUUUACCAAAUUGCAUUACUUUUACAUUUUUCUGUGCAUAGCUAAUAUUUUGAUUUAAUUUUGCCAUUGGGUCGUUAACAGGGAAUUUUACAAACUGCUACAAUACGUUCCGUGUUUAAAAGUAUGUACUGUAUUACAGUUCAUGUGUCAUCUCUUUUGGCAUGUGAUAUUUUCAGAAUCAUAUUGUUCUGAAUUAAAAUACUUCUGUUGAAAAUAUAGUACUGUACCAACAAAACCAACUAUAGUACAUCUAAAUGGAAGCCUGCUUAUUUUAAAACACAGUCCUUUCAGCUAUGUAUUUUUGACAUUGUAUCUUGUUUGUGUUCCCUGAAAAAAAGACAAGGGUUGGACGGGCCAAAAUGAAAUAAUCAGAUAUAUGUCACACGUGUUUAACUGUCACUGAAGUCAAAAUUUUAUCGGGUCGGAUAUGUGAGUGCUGACUGUGUGUGUGUAAUCUAGACAAGCGCUUCUUAUACAGUCUUGAUGAAACUUGAUCAUUUCUUAUAUAUGUCAGAAUGUCAGUGGGAUGUGUCUGUCCAUUUUACAUCUAGAUAUAUCUUGCUUAUACAGUCGUGAUGAAAGUUAUUUCUUUAGCAAUCAGUAUCAGCAUGUGGAGGUGUAUAGAGGCUGCCUGUCUUAACAUAUCUACAUACAUACAAAUACUGUGUAUAUAUAUAUGUAUAUAUAUAUAUGUGUGUAUAUAUAUAUAUAUAUAUAUAUAUAUAUAUAUAUAUAUAUAUAUAUUAUAUAUUUACUUGGCUUGGCCACUUUAUUAGGACCAGUCUGUCUUCCUGAUUGGGUUUGGCAUGGCCCUGGUGUGGGGCAUGUUCUCCUGGUAUACCCUGGGUCCCUCCAUUACUCUGGAAGGCUGAACGAAUACUAAGCAUCACUGAUGCACCACCCAACAAUGCCAAACACAAUUCUGGCCCCACCACCGUGCCAGAAUUGUGAACGGUUUGAGGAGCAUGACAGACUUCUUCCACGGUCCCCACAAUGAUCUCAAUGCAAUUGUCUGAACAAUUCGUCAUCACGAUCCUCUAUACUGAAUAUUAAUGACUGAAUGGAGCCCUGGAGACACCUUCCAGCACCUUGUGGAGUCAAGGCCACGCCAAGGCAAUGAUAAGCUUAUUAGGGACAGGUCCUAAUAAAAUGAUCAGGCAGUGUACGUCACACUAUUUUACAUUUCUAGAAUAUUGCUUAUCUGAUUGUGGUGAAACUGCUCAGGACAUUUCUUUACGCCAAGCUAAUUAGCCUAUCAGAAUAUGAGGCUGUAUGGAGCCUCUGAAUCAGACUUGCAUUUUCCAUGUGCAUACAGUGGGUGUAAAUCCUUGUGAAUUUAUUUUAUGAUGGUUUUAUAUUUAUAGCUGAUAGUGUAUACUGUGUGUGUUUUUUAAUCAUGUAUGUGCUAUUUAUUUAUUUAUUGCUAGUGGGAUGCCCACUAAGAGAAAGACUUUGGUGUUGCAAUAGCCUCAUCACUGUCAGAAACCAAAUGCUUGGGUAUGUAGCCAAAAUAUAGAGUACAAAUCAGAUGAGUUUAUGAUGCUGUUGCAUAAUGCACUGGUGAGAUUGCACUUGAAGUACUAUGUCCAGUACUGGUGACCACAGCACCAAAGAGACAUUGUGGCCCUGAAGAGAGUCCAGCAAAGAGCAGCCAGACUAAUCCCACUGCGCAAAGGAAUUCAUUUAUAGAGGGAAUCUAUUUAGAAUGAAGAAGUCAUUCAGAUCUUAAAAGGAGUUGACAAAGUUAACCCUAACCAGUACUUUAAGCACAGCACAGAAACCAGGACCAGAGCACACACAGUUGGAGAUUAAGUGGACUUCCGAGACGGAGGGUAAGAGAGAAUGGGUUACCAAGCCAUGUUGUUCAUGCUGAAUCACCGAGAUCCUUUAAGUAAAACUGUGUUGAGAUCUAUCACUUGCCAGGAACCAGAUGAGGUUUGAAGGGCCGGAUGGCCUCCUCUCAUUCGUGAAUUUUUCAUAUUUCCUAUCUCUUGGUCUUUGGUUCAAAAAGCUGUUUCUGCACAUGUGCCGUAUCAGAACUGACUGAAGGGCAUUCCCAUUGAGAAUUUGUUUUUGUUGCAAUUAAGAACCGUACUUGAACAUUGUGUGCCUUUGUUUUGUUGUACAGUACAGUGAAUGUUUUCCUGUCCCCUUAACUUUUCAUGAUGUUUGCAAUCGGAGUGUUUCUUGUUGCAGUUAUAUUUUUAGCAGUUGCUCAAAUACUAGGUUUUUAUAUUGUUCAGGUGCUAGCUAUGAAUUAGGAGCUACUCUUCAGUUCUAGUUGCUUGUCAUAGAUGUAGGCAGGCUAGAUCACCCAAAGUGUCUUCAUGUUGCUAAGCAUCAGCGCCAUCUAGUGCACAGCUAGUGUAUUGCCAGCAAUACACUGCCAAAGAACAAAAUGAUCAGUAGGUAGCUUGUAUUUCUACAAAGACACUGGGGUUGAUACGUCUACAUACAUCUAUAACUGGCAACUAGAACUGAAGAGCAGUUGUUGAACUCGGUCAAAGCACUUAAAUGUAUGGUAGUCCUAUUGUUAAUGUGCUUUUUCUUGCAUCCUCUAGGGUAGAGUGUUGCACGGGGACAGGUUAAUGGUUACACUCAGGGUAGCUGUACUACUGAUGGAAAUAUGUUGGUUAAGAGGAGUCUGGUAUUUCCAUACCCAUACCAAGAUACUUACUCAUUUUUAAUUGAAUUUAUAUACCUAUUUAUGUGUAUUAAAUGGGCAUAUGUAAACAAUCUGAACAGUCAACAAGGUUUGUAUUGAAGUAAAGCGAAAAGAAGGCUGAACUUUGAGGGAGUAUAUUGCUGGAAACUGCUUGCUUGUGUGAUUGUGUGGGUGUGAUAGUUAGUCUUGCUUCUUUUCAAUGUUUAUUUUUCAAGGGCUUACAAAGUACUAUAAUAAAUCACUCACCUUUUAGAUCCUGGAUUGGGGUUCUUCAUUGGAGCAACAUGAAACCUGUCAAUCAUACAACAGGCAUCUCCGUUCAGUUCAUGAGUGAUUCUGACCAGCUGAGCCUUGACUGAGUGGGGCGGAGAUAUUCAAAGUCAAUAGGAAAGUUUUGGGUGUGCUUGGAAAUGCUUUACUCUUAAAAGAUGAGUGAUUCAUUACAGUACUCUCUCUGAAAAAUAAACGUUGAAAAGGAGCAAUCUUAGUGGUGAGUGUGAAUUUGCUAUAUUUCUCUAGUUUUCUAUUUAUCGCGGAAGUGGAGCAAAGCUGUCUCCUAAACUGUGAAAACACAAAGUUGUGAAUAGUUUUUAUCGUAGAGGAUAUAUAUAUAUAUAUAUGUAUUUACUGUGUACUCUGAAAGCUGUAUCCGUCUAUAUAAAUAAAGUGCAAAUUCAACUGAA